UGGUGUCGUUGUGUUUCGUGUGCAGCUCGUGUAACUUACAGUGUGUCAGGAGAAAAUCUUCCAUCCAUCCAUCAGCUGUUUCCUCACAUGUUCCGUCAUGUCCACGUGUUUCUGCUACUUUAAUUAUCAAAACACAACAGCAGACAAAACGCAAACUAGUCAGAUCCAGUGUGACUGUUUGUGUCUCUGAGCUGUGCAGACAGCUGCUCCUCUACAUCAAGUCCUGUGAAUGUGUAAAGACAAGAACUGGAGGUGAAGGUGCAGGUGGAGAAACUUUCCUUCAUUCCGUAAGAGCAGCAGAUCUUCCUCCUCUGAUCAGUCAGCGAUGAGUGACAGCGAUGACGACGUUCCCACACUGUCAGCUCACACUCUGGCCGCCCUGCAGGAGUUCCUCAGUGAGACCAGCAGCGGUCUGGCUGACAGCACGACGCCCUCAGACCAGUUCGCUGUGGGAGCAGUGGAGGAGGACUGGCGGAUGAGUCAGUUCUGGUACAGUGAUGAAACAGCAACACAGUUAGCUGAGGAGGUCAUACGUGAAGCUGGAGAGGGAGGCAGGAUAGCAUGUGUGAGUUCGCCCAGUGUGUACCAGAAGCUGAAGCAGGGUGUGGUGGACGGUUCAGACCGGGUGUCUUCUGUCGUGUUGGAGUACGACCGCCGCUUCGCCACCUACGGCGAUGACUUCAUCUUCUACGACUACAACGAGCCGUUGUCUUUCCCGGCCAGCGUGGCUCCUCAGAGCUUUGACAUCGUCCUCGCCGACCCGCCAUACCUGUCCGAGGAGUGUCUGGGCAAAGUGGCCAAAACCGUCAAGUACCUGAGCAAAGGCAAAGUGCUGCUGUGUACAGGUGCCAUCAUGGAGAGUGUCGCUAAAGACCUUCUGGAUGUAAAAAAGUGCAGCUUCCUGCCGCAGCACAAAAGAAACUUAUCCAACGAGUUCCGCUGUUUCGUCAACUAUCCGUCCCGCCUCCUGUCCUGCUGAGCCGAACCUCUGUCUGAUCAGCUGCUCAGAGCAGAAACAGCCUGGAGGAGGGAGGACGCUACUCUGACAUUUCUAAGUGCUCCUCUGCUGUUGAUGGAUGAACAGAAGCAUCAAGACCUGCAGCACCACCUGAAACAUGUCGCCAGCUGUUUUUGCAUUUUAAUUCAUUUUGGUUACAAGUGAACUUGAGCCUGUAAACAAGUCAGCUUGUUUACUGAGCAACAUUUGGCAACCUUCUGGCUCACUAUUGAAACAAUUACUGAAUCUGUAGAAAAUGAAUGAACGUUAAUUUUGAUAAUCAGUUAAUAGAAGCCAGUAACCAAGAAAGAAUGGCAAAUAUUUAUUGGUUUCAGCUCCUCUAAUGUGAGGUUUUGCUGUUUUUGUUUUCAAAUUUUAAAAAAUUCAAUUUAUUUUAAAUCAAAUGUCACUGUUGCUUAGACAAAAUGAACAAAAUGAGGCUCUGUGGCAUUGAGCUGGACGUGGACUAAACGUAGAGAUCAGUUCACACUUGUCAGCCUCUGAAAACAGUUUACUAGUAAAGUAAAAAUAGUCUUCUGUGGUUCUGGACCAGCUUUGUCAAGUCUGACAAAACCCCCCUGAUGAUGUCAUAGUGAGGUCAUCAGGAUUGUGUUGUUUGGACUUGGAGACUUGACUGACACUGAAAGACAUACUGAACGUCCAGAUUGUCACUAACUGCUCAGUGUGUUUUAGUGGAGCUUUAACAGAAUUGGACAAUCACACAUGCAGUCAUCUGGAAUACGUGUUGUUUUGUUACUAAUUUGUUAUUAAAGUGUGUCAGAAGAA